UUCUUAUCGAACGGACAAAAGUUGUCAAAUUCUUGCAUUUUUAAAAAUUUAAUCAAAAUAUAUUUCGGAGCGUAGAAGCGGAACGUAGUAAUGUCGGCAGUCUCACUCACCAACUUUCUUUGUUUUAGUUUGACUGUUUUGCAACUUUUGACACCGAUUGUAGCAAUCGGUGAAGAAUGUGCAUUAAAUACCGAAUGUGUUCAUUUAAGGAAAUGUCCUUUCAUUAAGAGCAGAAUUCAUCAAAUGCCCAGGAAACCGUACUGCAAUCUGAAUCAAAGAGGAACCUAUGUUUGCUGUCCAGUGGAACCGAAGCCGUAUGUUGAUUCCAAAGAUCAGGAAAGGCGCGUUGUGAAAGAAUGCAAAUCGUAUCAAAAUGUACGCAAAUGUGACCAAUCCUUCAUUGUGGGCGGUGAGAAGGCUGAUCCCAAGGAAUUCCCCUUCAUGGCUCUACUGAUUUACCAGAGAGGCGGUGAAAGUCCUUCGUAUAUUUGUGGAGGAAGUUUGAUUAGUUCUAAAUUCGUUUUGAGUGCCGCACACUGUUUCUACCAACCUAGAAAUCCAAACAUAAUUCGUUUGGGAGAAUUGGACUAUGGCCGCACUGAUGAUGACGCUUCACCCGUAAAUAUUGCCAUCAAAAAGUACACCAACCAUGAAGGUUAUAAUCAUUUAGGAGAUAAAUUCCAUGACAUCGCUGUAGUGGAGCUUGAGCGCGAAGUUCAAUUUAACGAUUAUAUAAUGCCAAUAUGCUUGCCUUUGGUGGAUGGACGAGCCUUUACUCAAUUUCUUGCUGCUGGAUGGGGCGCCGUGAAAGACUUCGGGGAAUCAUCGUCGCACUUGCUUAAAGUCAAGUUGGAUAUUUUUGAUGACAACGAGUGCCUGGGACAUAUUGAUACUGAUGCUGACCAAGCCAUAAAUACGACCAUACAAAUGUGUGCAGGAUCCCAUCAUUAUGCACGCGACACAUGCACCGGAGAUUCGGGAGGCCCACUGUUCGUCGAUCAUCCUGAUUAUAAUUGUCUACAUUUGAUUUUAGGAGUAACAUCGUUUAGUCAUGGUGGCUGCGCUAAUAUUGGCUAUCCUGCCUUUUAUGGAAGAAUAUCGGAGUAUGUGGACUGGAUAGAGAAGCUUGUUUGGGGUUAACAAUUUAAUACUUGUGUAAAUGUGAUUAAUACCUGUAGAUUAUUUUUUACAUUUUUAUAUUUUUAAUUAUUUCUAUAAGAUCAUUCACAAUAUUUGAUUGAGACAUAUAUAAAUAAAUAAUAUGACUUUUGAUUAAUAUUAACUAA